AUGGUUCUUGUUCGAGUAGUAAUCCAUGUUCUAUUCCAGUGUGUUGUUGACUAUGGGUUUUGGUUCCGUGGUUUGACAUUCUAUGUUCCUUGUGGGAUAUUCAUGAGUUCACUCAAGUUGAAGAUGGACUUUCUCACCGAUACUGUCAAAGAACGUACGAGGCAUACAAGAGCUUAUAAGAUUCCGGAUAUUGAUGUUUCAGGGUUGAUAGGUUUGAGUUCUCGGUUGAAAGGGGGGGCUCUCCGUGACUUCAAUCAUGAUUAUGGCAAUUUGCUCUCCAUCCUCAAUACAUCUUUUGAUCCGAUGGCUUUGAUCACCCUGUUUCAGUUCCAUGAUCCGCAGUUGAGAUGUUUUACAUUCCAGGACUAUCAACUGGUCCCAACGCUCGAGGAAUUUUCUUACAUACUCAACAUCCGAAUCACUGAUGAUGUACCUUUUGUUCGAGUUCCCAAGGUUGUGAGGGCUGAGGAUGCGGCUAAGAAAGAGCAUUGGGUUGAUUUUAGUCGUUUGCUUGCUAUCAUGAUUUAUGGCAUUGUCUUAUUCCCAUCAAUGGAGAACUUUGUGAGUUUGGCGGCGAUCUGUGUCUUUAUGAACAAAAAUCCCGUUCCAACAUUGCUUGCGGAUGCUUAUUUUUCGAUCCAUUUGAGAAACAAAAAGGGAGGAUAUGUUGUCGGUUCUUGUCUUCCAUUGUUGUACAAGUGGUUCAUGUUGCAUUUGCCGGUGAGAGGACCUUUUAUGCUCAAGAAGAGUUCUCUUAAGUGGUCAGAUAGGAUUGCUAACCUCACAUCUUAUGACAUCAGGUGGAACUAUUGUGUGGGGAAGGUUUGGAACAUCAUCACUAGUUGCGGUCAAUAUCCCAACGUUCCUCUCAUGGGAACCAGAGAUUGCAUUAGUUAUAACCCCACGCUCGCUUACCGUCAAUUGGGAUACGCAAUGGAAAGGGAUCAGAAGGAUGUAGAAGCAUUUGAAUCAGUGUACUUUGCCGAUGGUAAAGAUCCUUUAGAGCUAGAAAAGAUGGCGUAUGCUUGGACUAAAGUCCACAAGAGAGAUCAGACUACUUUGAGCAAGAAUGUUCCUAUUGCUAUGGGUCCUUACAGGAAGUGGGUUGAGGCAAGAGCGGCAGAUCUGUUGUUGCCAUUUGUGAGGUCAUGUCCAUUGUACGAGCAACCUCCCGUGGUUUUAUCUGAUACAGUCGCGGCUGAACUCUAUAUUCAAGCCAAGGCGGACAACAUCAAGCUAAAAGCAAAGGACAAAGAGGUUGGCUUGGAAAGGUAUUUUCAAGAUCACGAAAAGGCGGAAUUGGCGCGUAAGCUCAAGCAUGCGCAAGGUGAAGGUUCAAACAUGACACGUGCUCAAAGGCGAUCUCAUGACUUGAUGGAAGAAAGCUUGUACCGAAAACAGCAAGAAUGUGCGAAGUUGCGAAGUUCUGAAAACAAUAGCAAGAGAAAGGUGAAGUAUUCGGAAAAGCAAUUGAUGGAGCAAAAAGCCAAGUCAGCUCGACUUAAAGAAGAGCUCGCAAGACUCCGAGCCCAGCGGAGAGGAGAUGGAGGAGCUCACUCUGUUAUCAGACGAUACUAG